UAAAGAAGAAGAAGAAGCAGAAGCAGAAGCAGAAUACACACACUUGGAUAUAGAUCUUUACAUGAAAGAAGCUUUUCUUUCUCCGCACGCGCUUCGGAUCUCUGAUACUCUGCGUAACAUCACUAAAGUGUCCUGAUUCUUUACACCUCUUAUAAUGAAAUCAGAGUCCAGACGCCGCUCUUUAGGAAAAUCUCCACAGACUCCUGCUGCUACUGGCUCAAAGAUGUACCACUGCUCAGAUUGUGGGGAGAGUUUUACUAAAACUCCUCUUAAAAAUCACAAGUGCAUUCACACAGAAGACAAGCCGCAUCAUUGUGGACAGUGUGGGAAGAGUUUUACAUGUCAGAGUCAUCUCAAACAACACCAGCGCAUUCACACAGGAGAGAAGCCGUAUCACUGCUCACAGUGUGGAAAUAGUUUUACAUGUCAGAGUCAUCUCAAACAACACCAGCGCAUUCACACAGGAGUGAAGCCGUAUCACUGUGGACAGCGUGGGAAGAGUUUUUAUCAAGAGGGUAAUCUUCGGACACACAAGCGCAUUCACACAGGAGAGAAGCCGUAUCACUGUGGACAGUGUGGGAAGAGUUUUAGUUUCCAGAGUAAUCUCCAAGUACACAAGCGCAUUCACACGGGAGAGAAGCCAUAUUACUGCUCCCACUGUGGAAAUAGUUUUACUCGUCAGAGUAAUCUCCAACAACAUGAGCUCAUUCACACAGGAGAGAAGCCGUAUCACUGCUCACAGUGUGGGAAGAGUUUUACUUGUCAGAGUCAUCUCCAACAACACCAGCGCAUUCACACAGGAGAGAAGCCGUAUCACUGCUCACAGUGUGGGAAGAGUUUUACUUCCCAGAGUAAUCUCCAAGUACACGAGCGCAUUCACACGGGAGAGAAGCCGUAUUACUGCUUCCAGUGUGGAAAUAGUUUUACUCGUCAGAGUCAUCUCCAACGACAUGAGCACAUUCACACGGGAGAGAAGCCGUAUCACUGCUCACAGUGUUGGAAGAGUUUUACACGAGAAAGUCAUUUCCAACAACACCAGCGCAUUCACACAGGAGAGAAGCCGUAUCUCUGUGGACAGUGUGGGAAGAGUUUUAAUCAAGAAGGUAAUCUUCGGACACACCAGCGCAUACACACAGGAGAGAAGCCUUAUCACUGCUCAGAGUGUGGGAAAAGUUUUCGUUACCAUAGUGCCCUCUACAGCCACCAGCAGUGUCAUACAGGACAGAAGCCGUACCUCUGUGGACACUGUGGACGGAGCUAUGCUCAUGCAAGAUCAUUAAGGAUACACAAGUGCUCUAACAUAAAGCCAUCAGCUCUUGACAAGUGAAUUUGUCAAUUUAUGAUACAUGUCUUUUAUUUAUAUAUAUAUAUAUAUAUAUAUA